UAUAUAUACACAUUAUUAGAAUAAAGUCUAACAUUAAAGAAUAUAUAUUUUAUGUAUAGAUGUUUAACAAUUAGGAGCUAGACAUUUUCUAAAUUUUAUACAAAUCCAUUAACCUUCAAAGACUAUUAUCAUAUUGAAGAAUGUAUCAUAGUAUUUAUUUAAUACUAAUCAUUCCUUUAAUGAUAUUUAUGUUAUGUGAAGGAAUUAUUCUUACAGAGAAUAAUCGUGAACAUUUAAUAGAUUGUUUACAAUUAUGUCAAUAUGCAUUUAUGACAUGUGAAUAUAAAUGUUUUAAAAUGAAUUUUUGUAAAACUAUUUGUGAUAAAACGUAUUAUGAAUGUGAAAAAUCAUGUUACAUUGAAGUAUUCAAUACUACUGAAACAUUUUGAUUUUUGAUAUAAACUUUAAAUGUGAUUUUGUUAUACAUUUGAGAGACAAAGAAAGCGGGAAUAAAUUGUUAUUAGAUAGAACAUAUUAUAUAA